AUGGAGGUUGAGAAUCUCACCUCUAUUAGGGAGUUUCUCUUGUUGGGACUUUCUGCUCAUCACAAAAUCCAGAUGAUACUCUUCUCCACAUUUCUCCUCAUCUAUUCUCUUACCCUUCUGGGGAAUCUGGCAGUUAUCACGUUGGUUCAGCUCAACCCCAACCUCCACACUCCUAUGUACUUCUUUCUGAGCCAUUUCUCCUUCCUGGAGAUCUGUUACACCACUAGCACCAUGCCCCAAAUGUUGGCUCACCUCCUGUCAGGUAACGGAACCAUCUCCUUUAUCCGUUGUGCAAUUCAGGGGUAUAUAAGCACAACUUUCGGUGGCACGGAAUGCUUUCUGCUGGCUGUCAUGGCCUAUGACCGCUAUUUGGCCAUCUGUCAUCCCUUGACCUAUGCUAUAACUAUGGACAAGAGGCAUCGAUGGAUGCUAACCACGGUUUGCUGGGCAAUUUGUUUCCUAACUUCAGCUAUCAACAUCGCUGUGACUUUUCAGCACACUUUCUGUGGCUCCAACCAUAUCAACCAUUUUUUCUGCGAGCUACCCUUAGUAGUUAAGCUUGCAUGCGGCGACACCAAUAUAACAGAAAUUAUUCUGUUUUGGACAUCGGUCCUGGUAAUCGUUAGUCCACUUAUAGUUGUUUUGACCUCCUACGCACGUAUCCUGAUCAUGGUGUUCCAGAUGAGGUCAACAGCUAGUUGGCACAAGGCUUUCUCCACCUGUGCCUCCCAUUUGGCAGUGGUCACCUUGUUCUAUGGCACCCUCAUCUCUAUGUACCUGAAACAAAAGUCUGAGUCGUCUUCCAAUCUUAACAAACAAAUUGCUGUCUUUUAUACUGUGGUGACUCCCUUAAUCAACCCUAUCAUUUACACCCUGCGGAACAAGGAUAUCCACAAGGCAGUGGCCAAAAUUCUAAAACGGAGGCCCUAA